AUGGGAAAAGUAGUAAAAGUUAUUCAGCUUAUUACUCUUCUUUUAAGCUGUUUACUUGCGUUUCUUAUACGUCAAUUCGCUAAUGUUAUAAAUGAGCCGCUUAUUCACGAAUUUGAUCCUCAAUUCAAUUGGAGAUGUACACAAUACAUUGAUAACCAUGGUUUAUAUGAAUUUCUCGGCUGGUUUGAUAAUAUUUCAUGGUACCCUCAAGGAAGGCCAGUAGGAGAAACAGCAUAUCCUGGCUUAAUGUAUACAUCUGCCAUUGCCAAAUGGGUUCUUCAAAAAAUCCAUAUUAUUGUCGAUCUUCGUACUAUUUGCGUAUCCAUGGGUCCAUCCGUUUCAAUUUUGUCCGUACUUGUCGCUUUCUUAUUUGGAGAACUUGUCGGAUCUGCUCAAUUAGGAACAUUAUUCGGAGCCAUUACUAGUUUCAUUCCAGGUAUGAUCAGCCGUAGUGUUGGUGGUGCCUAUGAUUACGAGUGCAUUGGCUUAUUUAUCAUUGUUUUAUCACUUUACACAUUUGCUCUUGCAUUGAAGUCCGGUUCCAUUCUCUUUUCAAUUCUUGCUGCAUUCGCAUACUCAUAUCUUGCUCUUACCUGGGGUGGCUACGUUUUUGUUUCAAAUUGCAUCCCAUUAUUUGCUGCAGGCCUUGUUGCCAUUGGCAGAUACUCCUGGCGCCUUCAUAUCACAUAUUCCAUAUGGUUUAUUGUUUCUUCAAUCCUCACAGCCCAAGUUCCUUUCAUUGGCGACAAAAUCCUUAAGAAACCAGAGCACUUUGCCAUGCUUGGCACAUUCAUUGUUAUGCAAAUUUGGGGAUUCUUUACAUUUGUUAAGUCUCACUUCUCUCCAACAACUUAUAAUUCUGUCGGAAUCACAUCCAUCUUAAUUCUCCCAUCUUUCCUCUUACUUAUGAUCACCGUUGGUAUGUCAACAGGUCUUCUUGGUGGAUUCUCCGGCCGUCUUCUCCAAAUGUUCGAUCCAACUUAUGCCUCGAAGAAUGUUCCAAUUAUCAACUCCGUUGCCGAACACCAGCCUACUGCUUGGGUUAAGUAUUAUUCCGACUGCGAGCUCUUCAUCUUUUUCUUCCCUCUUGGUGCUUAUAUUGUUAUUUCAUCUCUCAUUCGCACACAAAACACUAACGACCAAAGAGAACUACAGCGCGCCGAAACCUUAUUAUUACUCUUCAUUUACGGCUUCUCAACUUUAUAUUUCGCUUCUAUUAUGGUUCGAUUAGUUUUAGUCUUUACUCCAGCAUUAGUCUUCGUUGCAGGCAUUGCCAUUCAUCAACUACUUCGCGAAUCCUUUAAACCAAAGUCAUUUUUACACCCAGUUUCCCUUACAAUGAUAAUAAUAACAUUUAUUAUCUGUUUACACAGCGUUCUCCACGCCACGCACUUCGCCUGCUACUCGUAUUCAGGCGACCACCUUCAUUUCAACAUCAUGACACCACGCGGUGUCGAGACAUCUGAUGAUUACAGAGAAGGCUACAGAUGGUUGACCGAAAACACGCACAGAGACGACAUUAUAAUGAGUUGGUGGGAUUACGGCUACCAGAUCACUAGUAUGGGUAACAGAGGAUGUAUUGCUGAUGGCAACACGAACAAUUUCACUCACAUUGGCAUCAUUGGCAUGGCCAUGUCCUCUCCAGAACCAAUUUCAUGGCGAAUUGCAAGACUUAUGAAUGUUAAGUACAUGUUAGUUAUUUUCGGAGGUGCCGCACAGUAUUCUGGUGAUGAUAUCAACAAGUUCUUGUGGAUGCCAAGAAUUGCACACCAAACAUUUGAUAACAUCACAGGUGAAAUGUAUCAGAUUCCUUAUAGACAUAUCGUUGGUGAAUCAAUGACAAAGAAUAUGACGCUUUCUAUGAUGUUCAAGUUCUGCUACAAUAACUACAAGUACUACCAGCCACACCCUCAAUUCCCUACUGGUUAUGAUAUGACUAGAAGAACUCCUAUUCCAAAUAUCAAAGAUAUAUCAAUGUCACAGUUCACAGAAGCUUUCACAACAAAGAACUGGAUUGUCAGAAUAUACAAAGUCGGCGAUGAUCCCCAAUGGAACCGCGUAUACUAA